AAUGAAAUAUCAUUAUUGUUCAGAUGAUACUCUUGUGCGCGUCAUCAUACGCCGAAGAAAAGACCAAAAAUACUAAACCGGUUAGCAACGAUAACGAGUCCACGCGUACGGAGGAGCCUCCGGAGGGAUAUUACGCCUUCGUCGAAUCACCGAACGCGGAACCACCGAGAGUUCGGCCACCGCCGUACAUUGACAGCGAUAAAGAAUGUUACGGCAGCGAUAAACAUGGAAAGGGAUUCGUUUCGAUACAUAACAUCUGCGGAGAUUUGAACAAAGGCUACAUUCCACGAAAUCCUAUGAACCAAUAUGUGAACGGUUCAUCGUAUCCUUUCGCGCUGAUAAAGAAUCAUACUCUCAAGUUUCUCAGCAAGGCAUUACCGAUCCUCAAGGCUGACGAUUCAUUGCCCAAAGUUGCCAAAGUGCAUCCGUUAUCACAAAACUUCGUUGACACGGAUGAAGAAGAAAGACAUAGUAGAAACAAAAGAUCUAGUCCGUUGGAUGCGACUUUAGUGACGGAUUCCAAUCGGAAUGGUCGCAAAUUUUGCGAAAAUGGUAGCGGAGUAGUAUGCAUGUUGUACAAAGCGAUCCAAGGGGAAUCGAUCGCAUCGUCGGCAUCGACCAUCGAACGCCGGGAUGAACCCUCGACAUCCGAUUAUCGACGAGGAGAACGCGUACCGUCGCAGGAAAAAACGGAAUAUACCGGCCCGCCGACUCCUUGUCCGGCCAAAGUCGAGUACGCGACUCCGGUCUUCGCCAAGAAUUAUCAGGGUGUCUGGAGAUACGUUGUACAGAUACCUUACGAAGGUUACUUCACGCAGACGAUCGAGCUCACCAGAUGCAUGCAAUCGAGGUGUCACUACUUGGAUGGUGGAUGCCUAUCGUCACCGAGAUGGACGAGCCUAUUAGUCGCCGAAAUAUUUUAUCCGGAUACCUUUUUAGAGGAGAAUCAAGCGACUAGUACUGGUAUCGGGUCUGGUACUCGAGAUCCUGUCGCUGGAUCGCCGCCCCCAGUCCAUGAUUUUCAGAAUUAUCAACAAUAUUUGCAGAAACGCGCGAGCACGGGAGAAGCACGUAAUAAUGGUGGUAACAAUGCUCAGCAACACCAUUGUGAUGGUGUCGAUGAAAUGGGUUGCUUCCAAGUGCGAUUGUAUUACGACUGGUUCUUGGUUCCCGGAAGCUGUAAAUGUUGGCGACCGGAUUACUUUAAUCGAUACAUUCGUCGUAGCAGUUCCAAUGUCGAAUUAUGAUAAGGUUCACAAAAAAGAUGUAUAUUUUACAUGUUGAAAAGAUUUUACAUUGUUUCACGAAUGAUUACACUGGUUACAGCAAAAAA